AUGUCGAAAGCGAAAGACUUCAAAGAGACUUUCAAGAGAUUCGAUCAAUACCUAAACGGUGAGACUUCAAAGUUUGAUAUGCCUGCCGUACUCAACAAUAAUUCUCCUCCUAUGAGAUUGUCCGAAAUCGACGACAUAUUUGGAGAGCUUAAAACCGAAGGUGAAGAUCGAGUAUUCGGAGAUUCAUCAAAGUUGUUGGUUAAUCCGCAGAGUCCUUGUACAUCUCGUCCGAUACUUACACUUAAUAAUGUGACUAAAGGCAAAAGAGCAUACAGAAAGAAAACAGAUAAUCAAGUUCAAGUUCCGAAGAAAGGUCUUAAUGAAGAGAAAGAUUCUCUAGAUGAUUGGGUUGUGGUAGGGAAUGAUGACAUCGGUGAUAAGAAAUAA